GAUGAGCAUCUGGCGCGCGUCUCCGUCACUCUCCUCAUCUCGAGCGCUCGCGCCCGCGGUGCUGGAGGAUGCGUUGCCGCGGAACGGUCUCGCGCUCCGCCGCUCCAGCUCUCCGUCCUCCGUCACAGAAACCGACAGAACAACCGCACAAGCCGCAACCACGGGACGAUGUGAGGCGCAGCGGAGGCCACUUCCAUUUUAUCUGACUUCGCGGCGUCGCGUGUGGGUUUGUUCCCGGUGAAAAUGGCGACGGGGGCAGGCUGGCAGCCUCCGUACAACACCUCGACUAGCAGCACCAAAUAUCCCCCCUGCACAACCUCCAGCAUGCUCUACGACGGGAGCCUAACGCUGGAAUACACUCAAGACCUGCAUUUGAAGAUGAGCAAGAAGAUAGCACAGCUGACCAAGGUAAUUUAUGCUCUCAACACCAAGAACGAUGAGCACGAGGAAGAAAUCGAGUCCCUGAAAGAAGCUCACGAGGACGAGGUCCAACACAUUGUGACAGAAACCAGAGACAAGAUCAUGCAGUACAAGACUAAAAUGGCGGACGAGGCGGAUCUGAGGCGGCGGCUUGCCAGUCUGGAGGAAUCUGUAGAGCUCCACGAACACAUGAAGAGACAGGCUCUAGCAGAGUUCGAGAUGUACAGACAGAGGAUGGAGGACUCGCAGCUGUGCACAGAGGCCCAGCACACACAGAGGGUGGUUUCUAUGAGCAGAGAGGUGGAGGAGAUGCGUCGGGAUUUUGAGGAGAAGCUGCGCUCGUUCAGCCAGGCUCAGGCACAGUUUGAGGCUGAGAAGCGGCGAGCGCUGGAGGAGCUGAGGACCACCCACCGCCAGGAGGUGGAGGAGCUCCUCAACAACCAGCGGAACCAAAGCGCCUCCUCCACAGAAGACCAGGAGAAGCUGGCUGAGCUUCAUAGACAAGAGGUGGAGGCAUUGAUGGAGAGGGUGGAGGAGCUAACAAAGGAUAAGGUCCGCCUGGUGGAGGAGUAUGAGGCCAAGCUGGCCAAGGCUCAGGAGUAUUAUGAGAGAGAGCUGGAGGCCAUGAGGAGAACACACCAGCUCACCACUGAGAACCUGCUGGCCUGGAAGAGGACGGAGGUCGAGCUUCGUAAGGAGUUCCAGGCGCAGGAAGUGGCAUUGCAGCGUUCACUGUCCAAGCUGAGGAGUGAGCUUCAGAAAGCUCAGGAGGAGGCCAGAGAGAACCGCGACAAGACCAACAGACUGCAGACGUCACUGGCCAACGCAGAGGGAACCAUCAAGAACCUUCACAAGCAGCUGGAAGAGGCAAUCCAGGACGGAGAGAUCUGGGUGAUGCAGCUAAAGGACACCGAGUAUGAACUAGAGAGCAGCAGGGAACGAGUUCAGCAGCAGGCUACUGAAAUCCUGCACAAAGCCAGUCAGAUCGGCUCCUUGCAGGCAACCCAGAUGGCCCACGAGGCGACCAUCAGGAACUUGGACCAGGAGCAGAGCCGCCUCAAGGAGAAGAUCAGCAGGCUGGAGGAGGAGAGGGAGGUUCUGCUCAGCCAGAGCCAGACCGCCAACGACCAGCACAAACAACAAGUGCUCAAACUGGAACAGUCUCUGCGCGAGGAACACCAGGGCUAUGAGAAGGAGCUCUCCAGGUUGAGAGCGCACUAUGAGGAGGAGACACUUCGCUUCAAGGAGGCGCAGGUCAGAGCAUUGGAGGAGCUCGAGGAGAAACACCAGGUGAUGAGAGAGGAAGCCCAGCUAGAGAAAGAGGAGGAGAAGAAACUCCUCAUGACGAAAAUGAGCCAGGAGUUUGAGAUUAAACGGCUGUCAUUAGAGGAGCAGAGAGAUCGCCUCCAGCAGCAACUCGACAACUUGAAAGAGGAGCUCUCGGCCAAACUCAACAUGGCCAAUCAGGAAGUGUCCCACCUUCAGGAGCUGGUGAGAGAGGGGGAACAGAACCUGAGUUCAGCUCAGACGCAGAUUACCUGUCUGAAGGAAACUCAGGAGAAACUCAAGAUAGAGCUAGAUGCGACUCGAGCCCGCGUCCGAGAGACGAGCAACCUGCUGACUGACCUACAGGAAGAGAUUGAAACCCAGAAGCAGCAGCAUGAGGCCAGAGUGAUGUCCAUCAGAACAGAGGAGAAGCAGAAGAUGGACAAGAUGGCAGAUGACUUGGAUCGGAAAUGGAGAGAUGCACUGCGGGAAGAAGUGCGUUUGUUAAAGGAGGAGUUGACCGAGGAGUAUGAAGCAGACAAACAGGCGGCCAUGACUCAGCUCUCCCAGCAAAAAGAGCUGGAGAUGAUGGCAGCGAGGGAGGGCUGGCAGAGGAAGGUGGAAGACCUGCUGGAGCAGAUCUCUCUGCUGAAACAGUCCCUGGAGCUGCAGCUGUCUCAGUCUCAGUCAGCUCUCCAGCAGCUGCAGUCUCAGUUCAACCAGGAGAGAGAGCUUCUGAGCCAACAGCUCAAAGAGAUGCAGAGAGAACAUCAGAGGAGAGAGCAUCGAUUACAGGAGGCUCACUGCUGUGCCCUCAGCACCAUGGAGGAAGCCAGGCAGCACCAGAUAAGAGCCCUCGAGGAACGUCUAAAGCAGGAGCAGCGGGAGGAGGUUCACGCUUUGAAGGAGGCCCACAGGAGGACUUUAGAAAUCCUCAGACAGCAGUCGGACCAGGAGCUGCAGACACUGCGAUUUGAAUUGGAGGACGAGGGGAAAGCAAAGCUGGCCUCUCUUCGUGCAGAACUGAACCACCUCCACGCGACAGCCAUCGAGCAUCUGAAGCAAAUCCACCUCAAAGAACACACUGCCACCAAACGAGAGCUAGAGAAAGCCAUGGAGCACAGCCAAAAGCAGGAACAAGAUCUCUUAAUUCGUAUCUCAGACCUGCAAGCGGAGCUGUGUUCCCGUAGCAACCGUAUCACCGAUCUGGACCAUGAGAUUCACUCUCUGAACGAGACCAUCGACACACUAACCAGAGAGCUGGAGCUGAAGGGCAAAGAGGUGCUGCGGGUCCGCAGCGAAGCUAACCAUCAGAUAAGAGCUCAUGAACAAGACCUUGCAAAGAGACACGAGCGAGAGAUGGGGGAGCUCAAUGCAAUCCAUCAGAGAGAAACACAAAUCAUGCUGGCUGACUUCAACAAGGCCCAGGAGGUCCUCAAAGACAAGAUUUCUGCUCUACAAAUACUGUUGGAGGGCACAGAGGAGAAGUUAAGAAACAGAGAAAGCCGACCAGAAGACCUGCAUGUGAUCGCAGAGCUCAGAGAGAUGGUGACUGAAAGGGAAGCUCUGGUCAAAAAGCUGGUGGAUGACAAGAAGUUCUACCAGCUGGAGUUGGUCAACCGAGAGACGGGAUUCAACAAGGUCUUUAACUCCAGUGCCAAUGUCGGUGUCAUCAACCCUCUUAUUAAGUCAAAAACAGGCAGCCAAUCAGAUCACCGCUUCACCAGCUUUCCUAGCCAUUCAGCUCUCCGAUUCGUCAGCCCUCCCACCAUGACUCAUGAAGGACAGGAAGAGGAGGGACGGGAGGUGGAGGAGGUAGGAUCAGGAGGCCCUUUUGCGCCUCCUAACUCCCCCCUCCAGAGAUCCCUCCCCCGACUUAGGAAACCCCUUCCCCUAUUCAGCCCUUAUCCUCCUGCUCCUCUUCCUCAGCAUCCUCCUCCUCCUCCUCCUUCUUCUCCUCAUCCUCCACAUCAUCCCAUGCCAAGCCUUGCUCUUCCUCAUGCUCCUCAUCCUCAGGAAUCUGUGGUGCAGCAUCAGGGCCUGCAGAGCUUCGGGAGCCUUCCUGAAGCCAACUCUGCGACACCAUUGGACCCUGUGCGGAUGAAUCCAGAAAAAAGCAAAGAAUAUGUCACAAAAGAAGAGGAGCUGUACGCCCAAUACUUCACUUUCUGACUCGCUAAAUCCCAACUGUGUCAAAAAAAGGAAGUAAUGGGACAGAGAGCUAAAGUUGGACAGCGAUCAAACUGCAGGUUUUCACAGUCAUUUGGGCGACAUGAAUAUGAGACGUCCUCUCCUCAUUGCAGCACUCCCAUCUGUCGUGUGCAUUGCUGAGUGAAUUUAACCUUAGGGCUUCCAUACGUGGUGAGCACGAUGAGCAGUGUGGCUUAUCAGUGCUUCAUCAUGAAAGUGUGCAUGGCAGAAAGAGGUGCCAUAAAACAUUAGUAUACAGCGAUUUGUCUUUUACAUUUAUGCCAUCUGUUAUUCUGCAAAAGAGGCCAUUUGUAUGAGCUCUCAUGCUACCCAAUGUGAAGAAAAUUACAAGUUAGAAAGAAUUAAUGUCCUCUGAAUUUAAAUUUAAUAAUUUAUAUUACACUGAAGUUUAAAUGCGUGGCAUGCUCUGCAGAGAUUUCCCAAAGGGAGUAGCAUGUUUAUUGAUGGCGAAGCUGGUGCUUUUAAUGAUUUCAUCUCAUUUUUUAAGAUUUACCGGUUGCCAAGCGAUGUAAAAAUGUAUCCUGUUGCAUUUAAAAUCUCAAAUCAAUAUGAAGACUCUGAUUAAUAAUGAGAGUAACUCUACACGGUGCUUUUUGAACACCGUUCUUAGGGCUGCAGUUAAUUAAAUUUUAAUCUUGAUCACAAUUUUGGCUCCUAACAGCUCAAAUGUAUCAUCUGCCAAUAGCACACAAAGCAAAUCAAGCGCUCACUGAAUCACUGCCUACAUGUGCCAAUCACAGCUUCCUGGAUUUUUCCUGGAUGUAACCUGGACGAGUAACAACAAAACAUGAACUACACAGACCAGACAUCAAUAUAAAAUUCAAAUGUCCGGCAUGCUUUAAGCGGAUCAUCAUUAUCAUUAUUUGGAAACACUUCAGAUUUUUGGUUUUAAUUGCUACAAAGCGACACAACUAACUAACACUAGUGUACAGAAUGCAGUAGUUUGUCAUGACCCUACAGAUGAAUCAUUAAAUCAUUAAAUCCUUAAUGCAAAUCCAGAGCACAUUUUAAUGACCACUAAAUCACUGUGACUUUUAUUUUCAACAAUAUAUUAAAACUAGAGAUGGACCGAUCCGAUAUUACGUAUCGGUAUCGGUCCGAUACUGACCUAAAUUACUGGAUCGGAUAUCGGAGAGAAAAAAAAAAUGUAAUCCGAUACGAAGUACCACAAAAUCACCUCACAAAACGUGCUACUUGGGGUAACCCAGCUUGUCGCAUCGGAGCAGUAUGUGUCACGUGAUAGAGCGGCUGUUGUCUGCGAGACCUGUCGGCGGUCUGUUGGAGCAUUUGGAGCCUCGCUAUGUGCUUCCAAACCGCGGCAGUUCAUCUCGGCGAAAACUAUCCCAGAGGAGUAAAGCAAGUGUGUAAGUUCAUCCCUGAAUGUUUGCAUAGUAUUUCCACAUUAAGCUUAACAACUGAUAUAUUGAGCCACAGCUGGACUGGCCAUCAGAGUUCCAUAUUGAGGCGAAAGGGAAGCGAUUUGUCCCGUAGUUCAGCUAGAAUUUAAAAAGUAGACACACUUCUUUUUAAAUUCUACUUCUCUCAUUCAUUCCCCAUCCCUCUCCUGUUAUUACUUCAAACAUGAAACUGAUCAAUGAUCAGCUGAUCGGCUUUUCUGCCUCAAGUCCGUCUUGUUUGUUUAUCGCCCACUUUGUGCUAGAAAGAGGAGACCAGCGGAUAAACAACAGCAGCACGUUUAAGCGUGAUAAGCUGUUGUUAGACUUGAUUUAAUAUUAAUUUCUAGUAUCAGCUGAGGUUUUCUGGAGCCACAGCUGUGAAAGCUGCUGGUCAUGAUAUCGGUUUGGAUAUGUGGUGAGAGGGAAACAUGAAGAUGAAACCAGGAGAUGUCCUUACUGAAUCAUCAGAGCUGAACAGGUGAUGGAGAAACAGGUUUACCUUUUAGGUGACAUGAAUGAGUUUAAGGGAAGUUAUGAACUGUUUCUGAGAGACAAAUAACACCAGGAUCCUUUUCUACGUAGCUGACAGCUGGUAACUGUGCAGGGGCGGGUCUAGCAAAGUUUUGUCGGGGGCCAGUUUGGACAUUAACAGGGAGAUGGGGGCACAAAGAAAUAUUUUUCUUUGUUAUGUCAUUUAAAAACUUUGAAUAAAUAAUUAUCUGAAUCUUACAACAAAAGUGGUCAUCUGAUUAAAUGUAUAGAAAUCCAUUAUUCUAUAUAGUAACUAAUAAGUCUAAUAUACACCCUAGUAAGCUAUAGGACUUUUUCCUUUGGGAAGAUGCCAUCUGUGCAGUCUGCAAUUCUGUUGAAGAAAGAUGUUGAAUCUAUUUAAUUAUUGAAAAAUAAUUGAUUUCUGUGCAUUUGUCUUACACUUGCAUUAAAUUAAAGUUGAUUACAUUGAUUAAGGGUGGGGGGUGGUUCCCUAAUAUUUUUGCUGGGAGUUGGCAACCCUAUUAGUUAGGUUGCUUAAUAUUUCCUCUAAGUACUCUUUAAAAUACCAGAUUAGGGAGGAUGGUGUAGGUUUAAAUUUAUUAGAUUGAUCAGUGUUGCUGAACUAUAAAAUGUUUUGGGUGGAGUGUAUUUUUUGCAUACAGGUAUAACAGAAUAGCUUCAGUCUCUUGUUUUUUAAAACUUGAGUAUGAACUUAUACAAAAUGCAGCAAGAUAUUUAUAAAAAAAAACAAAACAGUUUUAUUGAUUACAAAAUACACUAUAUCGGAUUCAUAUCGGUAUCGGCAGAUAUCCAAAUUUAUAAUAUCGGAAUCGGUAUCGGACAUUAAAAAGUGGUAUCGUGCCAUCUCUACUUAAAACACACCUUUCACUUUUUGGGAGACAUCAAAAUAAAACAGAUGUGACAGUCAACACAAAAGGUUUCAGACAUUUUUCAUGGUGCAUGUUGGAGGUUUAUUUUUUCAUUUCCAAAAACAUAAUUUGUUUAUCACAAUUCAGUGGGCUACAUACUGGACUUAGAAAGUGGAAACAAAAGUAUCCAUUCUAUCACGCUAGUAUCAAUAGCGGGGUUGAUAUCAAUACUAUCGAUGUUUGAUGAUCCACCCAACUCUACCAAAAUCAAAUCUUUAAAAUUAAAAAAGCAUUUUAAUGUUGGAUUCAGUGGGCAUUGACUUGAUUUUGGAGCCAGCCCCAAGUGGCCAUUUGGGGAACUGCUAUUUUUACAAUUUGGGGAGCUGCUUUGUUAUUAUUCAGCAGUCUAACUAAAUGUUUUUUUUUUCCAACAAAUAUGAUGAAAUAACUUGUAAAAAGGGUCAUAAUCCUUACAUGUUCUGAACCCUUACCGAUUUCAAACAUUCGGAAAGUUUAGAUAAACACUUGGUCUAUAUAAAAUUAUCAUUUGAGCUCAUGUAAAUGUUCACGGUGUUGCAGGUACAAUUGGUGUGUUAAACAAAGUUUGUCUUCACAGCUCAUUAAUGUGUCUUACAAUUUGUUGUCUGACUAGAAGUGCUUUCAGAGUUCGGACAGGACAAAGUGAUAAUGCCUUGAUACUUGCCUUUAGUCUUUAAUACUGUAGGUCCAUCUGUUGUAUAAAUAUGCAUUUGUCAUUCAGAUGUGAUCUUGAGGGGAAUUGGCCUUGCUGUUCAUUCGAGUUGUGUUUUUGGCAUCUGCAGUACGAUAAACUGGAGUGCGCCACAAUAACGACACCAGCAAAAAGAAAAAGACUAACUUUAGCUUGCUGUCCCAACGCUUUGACCGUGUACAUACAAUAAAUGUUUGAAAGUCCUUUUCAGAUCUCUGAGCUAUCUGAGGGGUGCUUGAUUUACCACUUCAGACGCCUCAACAGUCUCAGGAGGGGAAACAUCAAGGUAAAGUGAAUCAAGCACCCCUUGUCUUUUUAUUAUUCAAGUAUUUAUAUUGUAAUAAGCUACUGUUUUUCUACGGUCUGUUUAUGACAAUGGUAGCCCUGAGACGUUCAGAGGAAGAGUUCUGUCAGCGACACGCAGACAUUGGUUGACUCCUAGAAACAUUUUUAAUGCCAAGGAGUGUUUAGUUCAUUACCAGCUAGGAGUUCGUGUCAGUGGCACAACUCUUGUUGCUGCACGUCUCUGCCUGCAGAGCAGACCGUAGAGCAUGUGAAAACAGGAACACUAUCAUAAUGCUGCUGUUGCUCACUUGAAAUCUUCUUUUCUUUGGUGUACUGUCUUGUUUUUUUGUUUUUGUUUCGUUUUUUUUUUUUUUUUUACUUGACUUGAAAGUUUACAUAGUUCCUUGUGAUGAAGUCCAUUCAGUAAUCUGUACAGUUUCCAAACUGCAUGGUCGUCAUCAGCCUGAAAGAGGCUCUAUUUGUUACUUCUUAAAAAGCGGAUAGAGAGACAGUAAUCUGAAGAGCUUACUUCCUCUCACAGUGACACCGCCGGGUUCCACCUAACCACAGAGACACGUUUCAGUUCAGUGUGAUCGAUGAUCGAUGCUCGUCUUCCAUAACAGGCUCGACUGAGGCUGCAGGUUUCAGGAAGUGUUUGGUCUUUCACCGUUUUGAGUUCAUUGUUUAGGUGAUGUAGGACAGGGGCAGAUGAAAGGAAAAAUCAACACUGAGUGUCAUAAUAGAACAAUUUGUUGUGUGUGUAAAACUGAUAUUAAUUCAUUCCAUUUUAAAGUCUUUGCAUAUAUUUGAAAGAAAGAUUUAAGCAAAGGUUUAUAUUAACUUUGCUUUUGACUGGAAACAGCCAGUUUAAGAUUAUCUGUACCUCUGGGACUCAUUUAUUGACUUGUUUUGUCUUGCAUCUCAUGUGCUUUGUUGGGUUUUUUUUCCGAGCCUGGCACAGUGAUUUCCAAGAUUGUCAUUCCCAUCUCCUGGCUGGGGUUUCAGAUUAAAUUGACUCUAACUGUAGAGCUGGGCACACAUUUAGUUACAGUUGAUUAUGAACGCAGUCUGGACUGACUGUACAAGAAGAGAACAGGCAUGACCCAUGAUAAAUCAUUGCGUUCAUAUUAAGAUUUUUUUUUAAACAUGUAUAAUAUUUGUGUCACCAGCAAUCAGUCCUAUCAGGGACGCAGAGGCCUUGUGUUUACCUAAAACAUCACUCCUAUCUAAAUUUACCCCAACUACAGAAGAUGGUAGCCCUUAACUUGCAGCAGGCCUGUUCUGGAAGUAGUCUAUAAUGCCCUCAGUUUUUUAGUAUGUGUGUGUGUAAGGUGUAAAAACUUUCAUUUGUCAACAAAGCUUCUAUAAUGUGUGACAUGUUGUGGAAAACUCAUAUUGUGAGAGUAGAUGUUUGAAAUCUGUCCAUGAGGAGAAAGGUCCUCGAUUAUUAGUUCUCGCUGUCUCUCGAAGACCAGAAUUUGCUCCAGAAAGUCUCAUGUUUCUGCUCUCAAUGAAGCAACUAUUAAGCAUAAACAAGAAAAGCAAUAAUCAGUAAUCAGCUUUUUUUGUGUGAUAUAUAUGAGUGUAUCCAUUUUCCUUUGCUCGUAAUCAUCAUUCUGUUUUUGAAUGUCCUUUAAGAUCACACUACCCUUGAUAUCUGUAGAUGCUCAGAGUUCAGGUUCAGUUAGUGGAUCAUUCAUAAGAAACACCUCAGUGUUCUUUCAUUCUGCUCACUUAGGUGUAUUUACCAAGCGUGACUGAAAGCAAGCUCGCAAUUACAGCCUGGUCUAUAUCAAUCUUCUCGUUUGAUUGAAGCUAAUAUGACAGACAGGCUGUCUCAUUAAAGUGAAGAGUUAAACACUUCCUGAAACCAGAUUGAGACAUGGUUGUCUGUAUUUGUGGCAUAUGGGAAGGAUGGCAAAAAUGAGCCAUUACAUAAAGGAAUGUGACAGAAAGUACUGCAGAGCAUUCUGUGGCUGACCCUGAUUCACUUUCAUCAGGUUGAGAAAAUAGAUUUCUAUAAACAGAGAACUGAUCAAAUGAGUAGUUUGUCAGUGGCGUCAUAGUGUCCAACUGUCCCAUAUGACAAGAAUGCAGCGUCAUGACACUGAGGCUUUAGUUACGCCGAAUGUCAUCAUUAAUUACACUAAACGGUCCCACUGUAAAUACUGACCUGUAACAUGACAAACCCCAGCAACGGACCAAUACGUGAACGUAAACUGGCCAUAUCCUUCCUGGGAUCCUGGCCACGGUACACCGAACCACAGCUGGUUCAUUCCUCCAUGCACACUGUGAAGAUUUAUUCAGAUAACUCUGCUUUGAAAUCUGCAUCCAACAAUGCAGAAGCCUUCUGUUUCUUCUUAGAGCUAAGUUCUAAUACAUUUUCCUCACAAUCACAGAUUUUGCUGCCUCUCCUUUCAUUUUGCUUGAGGUCACAGCUCUUUCGCUUUUUCAGUGCACACUUUAGUUGCAUUGUUAACCCCAGCUGGAACCAAGAAGCACACCUUGGGGGACUGUCCUGAUAGUUAGAGGAUCGUUCCCGUACUUAGAGGCGUUUCACUCUCCAAUCAGUUUUAAAUUAUUAUACUAUGGUUUAAAAUCAUAGAGAGACUUGAAAAAUGCUCAAGAGAGGUAGCCGGUGGCUUGAAGCAGCUGUUGAGGAAGUAGUCAAAGAUUUAAUUCUUAGAAAAUGAUUUUCCUCAUCAAGAGGAAUUUUUCUGUUUGUUGCACAAUUUUUAAAAAAAAUUGUUUUCUGAGCACUUUACGGACUUUUUGUCCAUGUUUGUUUGAAAGUUGAGACGUGGAGAUCAUUCAGCAGUUUCACCAGGUCCAUUAAGUGGUAUUUCUGGAGCUCUCAGACGUGUUCAUAGAGACGAAUCCAGAACUAAAUGGGCAUUAUGGUGAGACUGGUUAAUUUUAAUGAAUAAACAUAUGGUAUGGUCCUUUAAGUUUGAUGUUAUUUAGUAGUUUGACAUAACCUAAAGGGAUUGUUUAUUUAUUUAUUUACUUAUUGCUGUUUUGUUUUUAGAUUCAACAUGUCCGUGUAUUUGGUUUUGUCAUUAAAUGUACUAUUUAUUUUGUACUUUUUUUGUAUAUGCUCAUAUAUUACUUUACUGAGUUGAUGCUUUAAUUUUGUUCUUACAUGUCCUGCCUCUUCCAUUACACAUUUUCUUGGCUAAUAUAAGAUAUUGUCUUUAAAAUUUUAGCUUUUCAAAAUGAAUUGGGAUUCCUUGGUAAUAUCAAGCAGCCAUUGGAGACCCAUAGAAACUGCAGAAUCUGCAGAGAAAUUGAAGUAAGUCUGACAUCGGUCCAGUUACAGGUAAAUACAACAAAUGUGUUGCAGUUUGUAACAACUGAAUUAAAAAGUAAAUUAAUGUCUCCCCUGUAAUCUGUCACCUAAUGAUGUCUGUCUUGUCAUUUUUUUGAAGUAAAAAAUAUAUACCAGUAAUAACAAUAACAAUAUUUAUUUAUAUUUAUAUUAAUUU